AAAGAAUACUAUCUAUUAUAUAUUUGACCGUAAACAUAGAAUGAAAUAAUUAAACUAAAUCUAGUCUUCUCUUUUACCUCUUGCACAUAGCUCUCUUUAUAAACUCUGUAGAUCCACUUUAACUACAGUUCUUUGUAUUAUAGGACCAGAAAGUUACACUUUUACAAAUUGUUUAUGUCUCGAGUGCUUAAUCAUGGCCUAAGUGUAAUGAUGUUAAGAAUACAUCUAAUCAUGUCUUUUUCCCGUCUUUGCCUGAACUAUUAGCACAUUUUUUUUUUCAGCUUCAUGCCCUUAUAUAUCUCUUAGUAUCCAUGUAUGUGUUUCCUUGUCUCUUACACUCUCUUGUUAUGUCAGCUACUGGAACAGAACCAAUAAGCACAAAGACUACACCGGUUCAGAUAGAUGCCUCAACCAAGGGGCCUAAUAGUAGUAAGAACCCAGGAUGCACAACAAGCUGCGGAUUCAGGCUACCAAGGAAAACAGAAGCCACAGCAGCAAGAUUGAUCAAGCAUCUUGGCUGUAAAUUUGCAAAAAGUUUGCGUCUUGUGGUGAUGAGGAAGAAGAGAAAAUCUCCAGCUUCGAAGGUUUCUCUUCUUCCUCAGGGAGAUCUCAGCCGUGAUCAUGCCAAUAAGCAAUGACAGUCAUAGAUCAGAGGCUAUAGAAGACUGCAUAGAGUUCAUCAACUCAUUAUCCUCCUUCACCAGAUCAAACUCUACUUCUUAA